AUGGGUAUGCAAGCUCAACUCGCGCAGCUCAACGUUGCGCUCAACCCUGACGCCGUCCACGCACACCCUCCCGCCCCACCGCCAACACGCUACUUUGGCUACGGCAGCAACCUCUGGAUCCACCAGAUGGACACGCGCUGCCCGGGCAACACCCUCCUCGGAGUCGCCUUUCUUCGGGACUGGCGGUGGAUAAUCAACACCCGGGGGUACGCCACGAUCGUGCCCUCCCCGGACUCCGUCGUGUACGCGCUGCUGUACACGCCACCGCCGCGGACGAGGCCGCGCCGACCGCCACGAGGGCGUCCCCGGUCGUCGACGUAA